CUCAAACCGCCAUGUAUGAUGUCGCAGAUUCGCCAUAAACGCCUGCUAAAGUAAUUUUUAAUACAAUAAAUUCCACUUAAAAUGUCUUUUUUUGGAGCCAUGAAUACAAAUAAGAAUCUUCUGUUGUUUUUUGGACCGCUGGUUUAGUUCAGAAGCAUGGACCCAGCACGAGCAGGUAGGCAGAAAGCGUUUUGGUUUACAGUAAUGAAAAGAAACAGCUAAUGCCGAUGAUGUGAUGAGCAGGAAGCAGAGGGAUCUUCAGUCUUCAUGUGUAAAAUAUGCAACCUGUUCUCUCCUAACAAAUCACAACUCCAGUCUCAUGUACUUGAGAAACAUAGUGACGAAGAUGGAGCUGCUGAGGACUUUAUAAUUCCACUCAAACCUUUACAUGUACCAGCGGUCAUAAAGAGAAAAAGAGGUAGACCAAAGGGAUCUACUAAGAAAGCCCAAGCAGAUGUACCGGGGCCUAACCAAAUUUCCAGUCAGUCGAAGAAGGAUGAUUGUGAUGUGCUGUCUGAAUCUCCAGUUAAUACCCAGCACACUGAAGAUGGCACUGGUUUGGAGUGCAAGAAAUGCCAACGCAAAUUCAGCAACAAACGUCAAAUUUCCAAACACAUCUGUUUCGCAGAGCUGAAAGAUGAGGAUGACUUUCACAGUGAGGACAUUAAUCUUACUGAGGUCAUAGAAGAAGAAGACACAGAUGUAGAAUGCUCACCAAAGAAGGCCAGACCAUUAAAAGCAGACAAGGCUUCUAGUGUAAAGGACCCCGACUCAACAGGCUGCACCAAAAACCCCAUCGUCAACGUGGUUCUUGCAGCACAUGAAGCCAUUCCUGGCACUAUAAAAAUAGUCCCCAUUGAAGCUGCUCCAGCUGAGGCGGUUAUGCUACCUGAAGAAUCUGCAGGAGAGUCCAUGCAAAAGAAAGGAUACCAAGAAUAUGCCAUACAACAAGCUGCUUAUGAAGUGCCUCUGAAAUCGAACAGGAUAGGGCAGACCCAGCUGAAAAUUUUCACCUGUGAAUACUGCAACAAGGUUUUCAAAUUUAAACAUUCCCUUCAGGCUCACUUGCGAAUCCACACCAACGAGAAGCCUUUUAAAUGCAGCCUGUGUGACUACGCCAGCGCUAUCAAGGCCAAUCUCAGCGUCCAUAUGAGGAAGCACACCGGGGAAAAGUUUAGCUGUGAGCACUGCUCAUUUAACUGUUUGAGCAAGGGUCACCUAAAAGUGCACGUGGAGAGGGUGCACCAGAAAAUCAAGCAGCACUGCCGCUUCUGCAAGAAGAAGUACUCCGACGUCAAGAACUUGCUGAAGCACAUCCGAGAGAGCCACGACAUGGAAGACGGGAAAGUCAAGGACUCUUACAACAAGUACCGUCUCCAAACCCGAGAAGGCAAACGGCAGCUGCUCUACGACUGUCAUGUCUGCGACCGUAAAUUCAAGUACAAGUUAGAGCGAGAUCGCCAUCUGAUGGUCCACGGAAGCAACCGACCUUACGGCUGCGAGUUGUGUGAUCACGGCUGUACAAAGUUUCAAGCUCUUCAGGCUCAUGUUAGAAAGCAUCCCUUUGUGUAUAUGUGCUCAGUUUGCCAGCAGAAGUUUGUCAGUACCGUUCGCCUCAAGUUGCACCUCAGUGAGUCCCAUCCAGGGAUGGAUGAAGCCACGACUUUCGCUGAUUGUAUCCAGAGCAGUUUCUGCCUGUUGAAACCUGGGGAUGACAUCCAGCAGGACAUGCUGAGACAAGACGAGCUGGAGAUCAGCAAAGAGCUGUCCCUCCUCAAUGCACAGGAAGUGCUUGCUACUGAAAUGGACAGUGUAGAGGAGUGUCAAGGUCCUGGUAGUUUAGCUACACAGGAAACGGUACAUGGUCCCCAAGAGGACAUAGCUUCAACAGAGAUCAACAACUGUCCGGUUAUUGACAUCAACGCAGCUGAGGAAGCACAACUGCAUGGCGGAGUUUCUGAGGAUUUACUCGACAAAGAACAACUGCAGGAUAAUUUGCCAAACGUGGAGUCUAGUGUAACAGAACUGAAUAAUUCUGGUGAACGCAGUACAAAUUUGCCCCCAUCACAGACACCAGUGCUGUCAGAAAAUGCCACUACAGAAAUGAUGGUUCCUCAGACUGAGUCCAGUGUUACUCCAAGCAGCCCUCCCCCUAGUGGUACGGAGGAUCUGGCAACCACACAAGCAGAAGAAAAAUCAGCGUUUGUGCAGAUUUUAGAACAAAUGCAGAAAAGAAAUCUAAACAUGGAUGUUUUUGAGAGAAUACGGAAAGUCUACGGAGAUCUGGAGUGUGAAUACUGUGGUAAGCUGUUCUGGUAUCAGGUGCACUACAACAUGCACGUAAGAACACAUACAGGAGAACAUCUGCAUUACUGUUCCCAGUGCAAUUACUCUUCCAUUACUAAAAACAGCCUGAAGCGUCACGUAAUCCAGAGACACAGUAACGUCCUCCUCAAGUGCUAUAUAGAAGGAUGCCAGUACUCUACACCUGACAAAUACAAGCUGCAGGCUCAUGUUAAAACUCACGUAGAAAUUGUUAAGAAGAGCUUUGUGUGUCCCCUCUGUAAGAGUGCAUUUCCUGAAGACAAAAUUAAGCAUCAUAUCAGAUCCAUCCAUCCAGACACAUCACUAACAUACACUUUAGAGUCACUGGGAAUACGUGCCCAUUUAAAAGGUGUGAUAGGAAAACGAGCCUUAAAGUGUCCGUACUGCGACUGCUACUUCACAAAAAAUGGAACCGACAUGCAGCAGCACAUCUGGGCUCAUGAAGGAGUAAAACCAUAUAAAUGCUCGUUGUGUGAUUACGCCUCACGCAGCAAAAGCAACCUGAAGGCUCAUUUCAACAGGCACAACACGGAGAAGACCCACCUGUGUGAUAUGUGUGGGAAGAAGUUCAAGUCCAAGUGCACGCUAAAGAGCCACAAACUCAUGCACUCGGCUGACGGUAAGCAGUUCAAAUGUACCGAGUGUACUUUCACCGCAGCCCAGAAGCCACAGCUCCUCCGCCACAUGGAACAGCACGUCUCCUUUAAGCCAUUCCGUUGCACACACUGCCACUACUCGUGCAACAUCUCAGGUUCACUUAAAAGACACUAUAACAAGAAGCAUCCAGGGGAGCAGUACAGCAACACAGGUCCUGGAACACCUACAUCAGAGACUGUAAUAGAGCAAGGUGGAGUGAAGUGUCCGGUUUGUAACUAUGUUUAUGGAACCAAAUGGGAAAUGAACAGACACUUGAAGUGCAAGCAUGGACUCAAAGUCGUUGAGAAUCAGUGGGAGGUUGUAGAAUCAGCAGAGGAACCAAACACACAGUAUCUUCAAAUCGCUGAGACGGAGGACGUGCAGGGAACAGAGGCUGCGGUCUCAGUGCUGCAGAACCUUCGCUUUAACACACAGAAUGGCGUCGUCUCGGCAACAGCUACAGACAGACUGGAUCCAGCGUCGGUUAACAUUCUCCAGCAGAUAAUCGAGCUCGGCACGGAGAACCCCGACACCGUGGCCUCUGUGGUUGCCAUGGCGCCUGGUACAGUCACAGUGGUGGAGCAGGUUACAGAGGAGGAGCAGCAAACUGACCAUGCCAUGAUGAUCCAUGAUGCCCUGCAGCAGGCCACCGUGGGUCUGGGAGAAGAGCAUCACCUGGUGGUGUCCUCAGACGACGUGGAAGGCAUCAAGACAGUCACGGUGUACACGCAGGGAGAGGAUGCUUCCCAGUUCAUUGUCUAUGUUCAGGAGGCUGUUCAGACUGAAGAGAGUACUACAGAGGUGACCUAAAGACCUUUCAGAAGGCUGUACAAGUGGAAAGAUGUAGAAAAUACAUCGUAUAUGCUUUAGCUCACCAGCUUGCAGUCAACAAAGAUCGAAGCUGGAGUUGCAUACAGGACUCAAAAACUUGUUUUUCAGAGAUAAACAGUACUGCUGAAAAUCCUCUUUAUUCUUCUGUAGCUUUUUAUACUACGGUGAUUUUGAUGGGUUUCAAUGCCAUUGAAUUGAUUUGUUUGCUACAUCAUCUGUACCUGAGGUACAGUAAUAUGACUUUAAUCUGAUUCACUAGAAUCUGAGCUUGAAUUUUUUAAAUCGAGUUACAGGCAGAAUGUGUGUGAUCUGACGUUAUACCACAGCGCUGCUCACUAGUAUGGCUAUAUGGUUCAUAUAAAUCGAUAUUAAAAGCAUAUUAUCAUUGAUAUGAAGUUUUCUGUAAUCUUUUAUGACACACGAAAGUCUAGAAGACAGAGGAUUUUGUGUUUGUGUUGAUUUGGUAACAUGACCAAGCUGUGUUGUCCUUAUUAACAUCGAAAGAGAUGAGAGAGAGGCUGGUGUGGGAAAGAACGCAUGGUUGGAGAAGUAUGGCAAUUUCUAGCUGUUUUAAUUUAAGUAAUAACAGGAACUCUCUUGUUCCAUAACAUUAAAUGUAACUGUGAAUAGUUCAAAAAUUGAUAACGUGAUGCUUUACUAAAUCAAUCACUAAAAUCAUUGGCAUAUCGCUGUGGUAUAAAUGGAAUAAAACACCACGUUGUUUAGUAUUUUUACACCA